CCACUACUGCUAAUUAUCUUCUUGGUUUACAGGUCUAGAAAAAUGAAGUCUGUGAUUUUUCUCCUAUUCAUUUUGGAAACCGCAGCUGCAAUCCCGACACAAGCGAGGUUCCUAUCUGAUCAUUCCAACCCAACUGCUGAUUCCUUGAGUUCCUUCCAACAGGCUGAAACGUUGGUAACAUCUGAGCACACCGCAAUCCCCACUGUAAGGGCUGGAGAUGCAGAAAAUGAAAAGGAAACUGACGUAUCCAUAGAAGACCAUCCCACUCAUAAGCCUGAAAAGUCUUCAGUACUAAAGUCAGAGGAGGAAAACCAUGACCAGUCAGCAGAUCAGGACCAGAGUUACAGCCAAAACCUGGGAUCAGAGGAUCAAGAGAAAAGUGAAAGUGACUUAACUGAGAAUUUGGAGCAUACACCAACUGAAGGUACAUCGGACCUAAAAGAAGACAUGAGUGAGCCUCCAAAGGAAAAACUCCCCGAGAGAUUCCUCGAUCAGGAUGUGAGUUCCAUUGUAGCUUCUAAUCAACAAGAAAGCAUUCCAGAGACAGAGGAAAACCAAGAACAACCUAUAAAUGACUCAUAUUCUCAGUUGAACAGGAGCAGCAAACAUAGCCAAGACCUAAGUGCUCAAGGAAACCAAGAGCAGGAUCCAAACAUCCCAAAUGGAGAAGAGGAAGGGGAAAGAGAGCCAGGCAAAAUUGGUACCCACAAUGAUAACCAAGAAAGGGAGAGAGAAGUUCCCAAGGAGCAUUCUAACAGCACGCAGGAAGAAGACAGUACACGGUCUGAUGACAUUUGGGAAGAGUCCUAUCAACCCACUCAAGUAAGCAAGAUGCAGAAAGAUGAACUUGAACAGGGUGGCCAUGAACAAGAAGAGGAAAACUCCAAUGCAGACAUGGAAGAGGAAACCGCAUCAAAAAUCAGUAAGCCCAAUCAAGAUGAAGAAUGGCAGAGCCAGGGAGGAAAGCCCGGCCUUGAAGUUAUCAGCAACCAUGAGGAGAUGGACAAAAAGACUCUUUCUGAGCCUUUGCUGGUGGAGCCUACGGAUGAUGGUAACAUCAUGCCCAGAAAUCACGGCACUGACGAUGGCGGCGAUGCUGGCCCCAGGCGCGGUGCAAGUGAGGAGUACUUCAGCCCAAGCGAGGCUUUCCUGGAGAGUGGAAGAGCUCCAUCCAAUUACUAUCACGUAAAGUAUGGGGAGCAGAGAGAAAAAGCACGUGAGAAUGAGAAUGCAGGUACCAGUGAACCUGUAGAAAACCGAGGGGCCAAGAAAGCAGAAAGCUCACCGAAUGAAGAUGUCAGUGCAACUGAAGGCAACACCAGGGUGUACAGUGUCGAUUCUUGCCUGAGCUUCCAGUGUAAAAGAGGACACGUCUGCAAGGCUGAUCAACAGGGAAAAGCCCACUGUGUUUGCCAAGAUCCAGUGACUUGUCCUCCUACAAAACUCCUUGACCAAGUCUGUGGCACUGACAAUCAGACCUAUGCCAGCUCCUGCCAUCUCUUUGCUACUAAGUGCAGAUUGGAGGGGACCAAAAAGGGGCACCAACUUCAGCUGGACUAUUUUGGAGCUUGCAAAGCUAUUCCUGCUUGUACGGACUUUGAAGUGACCCAGUUUCCUCUCAGGAUGAGAGACUGGCUCAAGAAUAUCCUCAUGCAGCUUUAUGAACCUAACCCUGAGCACGCUGGAUAUCUAAAUGAGAAGCAGAGAAAUAAAGUCAAGAAAAUUUACCUGGAUGAAAAGAGACUCCUGGCUGGGGACCACUCAACUGACCUUCUCUUGAGAGACUUUAAGAAAAACUACCACAUGUAUGUGUAUCCCGUGCACUGGCAGUUUAGAGAGCUGGACCAACACCCUCGGGACAGAGUCUUGACCCACUCUGAGCUCGCUCCUUUGCGGGCAUCUCUGGUGCCCUUGGAACACUGCAUAACGCGCUUCUUUGAAGAGUGUGACCCCAACAAAGAUAAGCACAUCACCCUGGAGGAGUGGGGCCACUGCUUUGAAAUUAAAGAAGAAGACAUAGAUGAAAAUCUCCUGUUUUGAAUUAAGAUUUGAAAGAACUCAAACUACCCAGCAUCCUCCUUUGUUCUGACCACUUCUGAAGUAUAUGCAGUGUGAUACUUGUAGAUUUAUAUUUAGCAAAAUGCUUGCAUGUCUGAGACGACAAUGAGAGUAACUGCUUGAUAACAGUAUAUGCACCAGGCAUUUAACACUAACUUUGGAAAUAAAACUUUAAAAUUAAGUAAAGUCAAUAUACGCAAAAUACUGUAUACUGUUUGUGAACAUGAGUGUAACUCAUCACUCUCUGCAUCCAUUUAUGAGACACUUAAAGAUUAUAAAACUCGAAAAAAUAAUAGUCAUUUUGUCCAUAAUACCAUGUGCACUUCAAAAAAGUGAAAUAAGGCUCUUUGUUGUUGAUGUGUGUUAUUUUCAGUAUCUUAAUAUCCUAAUAAAAAUCCAAAUGUU